UAAAACACAAACACACACACAGAUACAGAUACACACACAUACUGUGUGAUUCACAGUGUACAGCUACAACUGAGAGAAUCCGAUCCUUUGUGUAUGUGUGUGUGCUCUUUUUUUAACCUCUUCUUCCCCUCUUUCUCUCUUUUCCUCCCUUGUCGUCACUCUCUCUGACUCUCUCCUCCUCCUACCUCCCCUCCUCUCACUCACUCUCUCUCUCUUUGCUCCCUGGUGGUGUGUGUGUCAGUGUGUGUGUCUGUGUGUGUGAACCGUGGGGAUAACAGACGCUCAUGUGAGCAGCCUCAGUGGCGGCAGGAGUGACUGGUGAGAAAGAGGAGAGGAGUGAAGAGGAAGAGAGCAGGGGAUAACAGAGCCACCACCAUCAUUCUGAUCGGAUUCACACCAGACAUGUGAGAAGAUGUCCGUGGGCGGCUGCGCGUGUCCCGGCUGUUCCUCCAAGUCGUUCAAGCUGUACUCCCCCAAGGAGCCCCCCAACGGUAGCACUUUCCCCCCCUUUCAUCCCGGCACCAUGCUGGACAGAGACGUAGGUCCCACCCCAAUGUAUCCUCCCACAUACCUGGAGCCAGGAAUAGGGAGGCACACACCAUAUGGUAACCAGACGGACUACAGAAUAUUUGAACUCAACAAAAGGCUACAGAACUGGACAGAGCAGGAGUGUGAUAACCUGUGGUGGGAUGCAUUCACUACAGAGUUCUUUGAGGAUGAUGCCAUGUUGACCAUUACUUUCUGUCUGGAGGAUGGACCCAAACGUUACACAAUUGGCCGGACGUUGAUUCCAAGAUACUUCCGGAGUAUAUUCGAAGGCGGUGCCACCGAGCUCUAUUAUGUGCUAAAACAUCCCAAGGAAUCCUUCCACAAUAACUUUGUCUCCCUUGACUGUGACCAGUGCACCAUGGUCACCCAGAAUGGAAAGCCCAUGUUCACACAGGUGUGUGUAGAGGGCCGCUUGUACCUGGAGUUCAUGUUUGAUGACAUGAUGAGGAUAAAGACGUGGCACUUCAGCAUCAGACAACACCGUGAACUCAUCCCCCGCAGUAUACUGGCCAUGCAUGCCCAGGAUCCACAGAUGCUGGACCAGUUGUCCAAAAAUAUUACAAGAUGCGGCCUGUCCAACUCCACUCUUAACUACCUCCGACUGUGUGUUAUUCUGGAGCCCAUGCAGGAGCUGAUGUCCAGACACAAGACGUACAGCCUCAGUCCCAGAGACUGCCUCAAGACCUGUCUCUUCCAGAAAUGGCAGAGGAUGGUUGCACCGCCAGCUGAACCAUCAAGACAGGCGCCUAACAAACGGCGGAAGCGUAAGAUGUCAGGUGGCAGCACCAUCAGCGGAGGAGGAGGAACUAAUAACAACAACAACAACAAAAAGAAGAGUCCUGGUAGCGGCUUCCCUCUGUCCAGCCAAGUUCCAGAUGUGAUGGUGGUGGGAGAGCCCACAUUGAUGGGAGGGGAGUUCGGUGACGAGGACGAGCGUCUGAUCACACGGCUGGAGAACACUCAGUUCGAUGCAGCAAACGGCAUCGAUGACGAGGACAGCUUCAACAACUCCCCUGCGCUGGGUUCCAACUCACCCUGGAACAACAAGGCCCCCUCCAGCCAGGAGAGCAAGAGCGACAACCCCACCUCACAGGCAUCGCAGUAGAGCCCAGAGCCCCGCAAGCCUCGACACAGCCCCCUCUUUGUCACCCCCCUCUUCAGCUCCCACCUCACCCCAACAGCCAGGAGCGCCAUAGCAAACGCUCCUUUUCCUCCUCCUCUUCCUCACCAACCCAGACAUGGCUUCAGAGCUCAAACACAGGCGACUUGAGGGAGCUCAUCAUGUCCGAGUUAGGCGUGUCCUCCUCUGACUUUUCCACUGAGCCAGAGGAAGUUUUAGAUCGUCGUUGCCGUGACUUCCCCAUAUUCCAGCCCAGUGUCCCUCCUCUGCCUCCCCCCUCCUCAUCUCAUACGCAAAACGUCCCGUCUGCUCUCACUAAUUUCAGUUUGGACAGUGACCUGAUAGAUGUGACAAGGAGAUUCGAGGUUUCAAACUGGGGGAGAACUGAAGGAAGGGAGGGGGAAAGGGGGUGGGGGGUGCAGCGAAUGGUGGCAGCGGAGGGGUUUCAAGAAGGUGGAGAGUUGCUUAGGGACGACUCCUCCACCAUUUCCUCUAAACGUGGCUCUCAGUUCUGGUCUCCCCUGUCGAAGCACGAGUCACUUGCGACUUGCGUUUGUUCAUAGAGUAUAUGUGUGUGUGCGCGCGUGAAUGUGUGCUUGAAUGUGUGCGACACGUUAGAGGAUGAAGGAGGUGGUCUGAGCAUAUUUGUGGCUCAGCCAAAGCAGGCAGACCAGAAUUUAGAACCAGUCUGUAAAGUCAUUGAAAUUCACACACUAGAAUGAAAGCUGAGAUAUGGCACUAGGGAAACGCACACACAGACACACACCCAGAUAAACAUGAUUGAAGGAGUCUCCUAGUGCUUGAGCCAUCUCUGAUUAGACUACAGAGGAUGCAGUCUUCAACCAGAGAGCAUUUACAACACACACACACACACAUACACACAGUAACACAUUUUAAGAGUUUUUAUACAGUAUAUAUUUCCCUAGAAUGUUUUUUAAUUUGUAUUAAACGCCUUCAUUUCAAUUGUUACUUUUUUAUUUUCUACCAAUACUGAAAAGCUACAGACCAAGGAGCAACACAGGACUUUUAUCCCUCCCCUCUCUAAAAUAUAUUGUUUUUAUCUUUUAUGUUUAUAAAAGAGAAAUAAUUUAGUGUGGAUGUUUUUAUUUUGUCUUUUUUUUUUGUUCCUUUUUGGAGAUUUGAAUUUUUGUGUAUUUGUGCUUGUAUAUUUAAGGUAGUAGCAAAGUUCUGUCUGACUGUAAUAAAAUGUAUUCUUACUUAGAUUUACCUAAAGCCAUCCUGAUCUAAUGUAAAGAAAACAAAAAUAGGAAAAAGGAGAAAAAACACUCAUGAACCUGUCCCUCUAUCUUCCCACCUGCUCUUUCCUCCUCCCUCUUUUUUAAAACUUGUGUAAAUUAAAUUACAAAAAUCCCGGGGGUACAAUGGCACCAUGAAAAAGAUUCUUUUACUCUACUCUUUGUUUUAUUUUCUCUUUAAUUUAUUUGGAAAUUUACACAAUUACUCAUUUAUUUCAUGUAAGAGGAAGCAAUUUUCCCCUGAACAUUCAUCACAACUGCAGCUUUGAACUUGAUGUCAAGUGAAUGUGCUCGCUGAAUUUGUUACUUGACCAGUGAAUUUCAAGUUGGGCCACUGGCUUUUAAUAGUUUCUGUCUAAAUUGUCUUCCUUUGUAUGGUCUCUUUUCAUGACCAACAGAGUGACCCCAUCAGUCACCAAAACAUCUUCUAAAACCAGCUAAACAUUCAGUUCAGUCAGCAUAUUUGGUAGCAAUGCUGAGUCUCGAAAUCUUAAUAAAAAAAAAAAAAAGGCUAAAG